CGGAUUCCUCAAGGUCGUAUUUCAAUAGUUAUCUUUUACUCCGUAGAUGCUUCUCAAUCUCGCAACUCAACCGUCCCGCUCGCACUCACUGUUAUAUCUGUUUGCUCUGCUGCUUGUCGUGAAACCGCGCCGUGCUCCCAUGUGCUGGAUGAAGGGUCGAUCACGGAGAGCUGAAUUGAAAGGGCGAUAUGAAAUAUAAGUGGGCGCUGCUUGUUACCGCUAUCGCGUGGCAGACGGCCGUUGCACUUCCGCAAGUCCUCCUGGAGCUACGCAACAUAUUGGAUCCAGAAGCAAACAAGUAUUUCCACGAGCCGGGUCGAGACGAUAUCCUGGGCCAUUAUGAUCUCAGAUAUUUUAAGGGCGUGGUCAGCUAUGAGGAGCGCACAAACACCUUGACCCACAUGAUCGGUGCGUAUUUGCAGUUUUUCAGGGAAAAAGAGCUGGAUACUUGGAUCGCACACGGAACACUGCUUGGCUGGUGGUGGAAUGGGAAGAUCCUACCAUGGGACUGGGAUGUAGACACGCAAGUCACCGGCGCGACACUGGCAUACAUGGGGAAUCAUCUGAACCAAACAAUAUAUACUUAUCGCCUGGACAAGAACACGCAGCGAAAGUAUCUUCUAGACGUCAAUCCAUGGUCGAGAGAGAGGGAGCACGGAGACGGUCAAAACAUAAUCGAUGCGCGGUGGAUCGACAUUCGAAACGGUCUCUAUAUCGAUAUCACUGGUCUCAGUGAACUAGACCCAGUCGGGGAGCGUGGAGUACUCUCCUGCAAGAACUUCCAUAAAUAUAAGAUCACAGACCUCUACCCAAUGCGAGAAAGCACCUUUGAGGGUGUCCCCGUCAAGAUCCCAUACGAGUAUGAUGAGAUUUUGAUUAAGGAAUACGGACACAAGGCUCUGAUCUUGACGGAAUAUGAGAACCACAAGUGGGUCCCUGAUUUAAAGGAAUGGGUUUCUGACAAAGAAACGAUGAAGAAAAUCGAGCGCGAAAAACGUACUCGAGGCCGAGCCAGGUGGAUGCUCCAAGAAUCAUGGACACCUAUGGGUUAACGGUCGCAACCCAGUUGACUACUUUUCCGAUUCACGAACGGGUAUAUAUCAAAUUGCCAGGGCUAUUUUCCCCUGCCCCGGAAGUAUCCCUUAGUCCAUCCAAACUCGUGACGAGGGAUCAGGAAUUGAUCAGUAAAAUGCACGCGAUGGCCCGUUAUUUGAGGCCCAUCAGUCGGGCUUAAACUGCAGGAAUGCAUGGUCUCUGGCCUAAUUCUGUGUGGGUUGCUCUAUUGAACUAAGGGUAAGUCAAUCAGUGGUGCAACAAACCCCCCCUUAUGUUGUUAUUUUUAUUAUUUUUUUUUAUUUAUUGUGUCCUUUUUUCCUUCUCCCUUCUUUUUCUUUAUCUUGACAACUUGGCCAUAUAUAUUCGGGGCUUCUGCAUCCUGGAUUCCUGGUAUUAUGGGAGCACUGGAGCUGUACCGGUGUCCAUCAGGUUCAGGAACAAUUCUCAUUUUCAGGGACAUAUUCUUGAACGUUUCCUGUCAACAGUUACCUCUUUGAGGUGUGAUGGAGACGAGAACACACUCAAUCAGCUAGAGCUGGGCGCACAUGGGCUUUUUAGCGUAGAGAACUGUCACGUGGUGGCUGCUUGUCGGGAGCAUCCAUGACAUAUGAACAUUUUCUCAAGCGAAUAUGGGUCUCUUUUCUCUCUGGAAGGGACAGUAUGCUUGUAGAAGGCAGAAAUCUCUCUCAAUCUAGAUACUAGGCUCUGUGAAUGUAUAUACAAGUUUUUGGCAGUA